AGUCAGCAGCAAACUAUACUGUAUAGUGUCUAGUCAUUUAGUGAUAUUUCAAGAAUUAGGUGCAUUGGGAACUAGCCUAGUAAGAUGUUUUCCCCGAUGUUCGAUGGUCAGUAUCGUUCUAAACCACAAGUCUCUCUGAGAGGGGCCAGCAGGAAGGAGGAGCGAGAUAGUCUAUUAGCUCGUGUUGUUGAAGAGAGGGAGCUGAGGGAGAGCUCUCGACGGAGGCAACUGGCAGCACUCACCAUACAAGCCACCUACAGAGGACACACCGUCAGACAACAACUGUAUUCAGGACUACGUGAUGAGUUUGACGUGUCCCUGUCAUUAUGCUCCACCCCUGACCACGCCCUCUCACUAGCACGGCUUAUGAGUAUCUUCUACAACAGGAGGACAGACCACAACCGACUCGUUGGUCUCUGUCAGAAGUGGCUCCAGUUCAGCCAUGGCCUCGCUGCCACCUUCCCCUCCAACACACUCUGUGUUUAUCAUCUUCGACAGCUUCUCGUACACUGUACCGUCAGUUUGACCUCUGACCCCUCACAGAACAUAGCCAUCCCACUGAGAAUGAUUGAAACGUUCCUGUCACCAACUCUGUACCAACACACACCCCAAACUGUCUCUCAUCUCUUCUCACACCUCGUACAAAAUGGCGGCUAUUUCCGUUGUUUGAGAACACUCAUGGAACAUCGUGUGCCCCCUCCCGACGGCCCCGAGGACUAUGCACUUUCACCUUUGACCUCUAGUCUCAUGGAGUACAUAUCUCGUCCGUUUAAGACGGUAUUGGCCACGCCCCUUUACCUCCCCCUCGCACGAGAGCUGCUCUCUCCACCCCUCACACCUCACACAUGUCACAUUGUAACUCCACACCUCCUCACACUUAAACUCAAUCUGGGGCUAUUGAUUGAUACUCUAUUGACUGGUGUCACUACUGGACAAAUCUCUCCAUCUAUGGAAAUGCUCUAUGUGCUAUUAAAGCUAAUACACACUGGACUACAUACAAUCAACCAAACCUCGUUGGCCAAGUACUUGGAGCUCACGUCGUUGUUUCUAGGCCACGCUCCCUCUAGUCAUGUGACAUCACAUGGCGAGCUUGACGAAGAGUUUGAGAGUUCGGACGAAGAUGACCUUGACCCACUGGAAUCAGGGGAGGACCUGAGGAAGUGCUGUGUCAGCAUUAUCACUGAGGAUAGGCUAGCUAUCAGAAUCAAACAGGAAACUGAUGCAGCAAGUGCUGAGCUGGUCAGUUCUCUCUGCUCAUUCUGUUACCAGAUCAUUCGGAAUCAAAAGUCCACAUCACGGACACGCCUCUUUCAACAACUGUGUUUGAACUCUGACCUCUUGGCUCGUAUGUGGAGUGGUGUGAUCGGCCUCACAAUGUCUCGUAGCUUUGGUGACCCAGUGUCAUGUCUCCAGCAGCUGUCACGAGGGCAGCCCCUCCCCCCUCCACUAGGCUCCGCCCUCCUGGAACGCCUCUCCACCUUCUCCGCACUCUUCACUCUCUAUCUCUCCACACUGCACGAUGCCGAGUUCUACUCAGAGCUGGAGGAAGACCACACCCCAUUUGGACACACCCCCUUCACCCUUAGCCAAAUAUCUGCAAUGGUGUCCCCUCUGAGAGAUGUGUUUAUAACGCUGCAGCUGGAGAAACACAUACCCUUGUCGUAUCUAGGCAACAGGGCCGUCCAACCAUCUGUAGAGGAGUGGUCAGAGCUGAAGGGAUGUGUCCACGGUGUCUUGUGUGCUCUGUACGGGCGAGACUGUCGCCGUGCUUUCUGUCCCCCCGGCCACUGGGCUGUGCUACCAUCACUGCAACACAUACCACCAGAGCUCUUCCUAGACAAUGAAGAUGACGAAGAAGGGGGUGUGGUCCACGCCUCGCCCAGUGUGCUUAAACAAGCCGAGCUGCUCAAGAGCGCUCCAUUUGUGUUCCCAUUCAUUGAGAGAGUUCGUUUCUUCACCUCUUUAGUAGGUCAGGACCGAUCCUUCAGUCAGGGCAGACAUCAAGAGUUUCUAAUGGGGCCCAGCAUCAACUUUAAUGUCCGGAGGAGUCACAUCUAUGAGGAUGCUUUUGCAGAGCUGGCCCAAGGAAAAGAUUUGCGUAGCAGGUUUCGAGUGUCAUUUGUGAAUGCUCAAGGUCUUGACGAGCUCGGUAUAGACGGAGGGGGGCUGUUUAGGGAGUUCCUUAACGAGGUGUUGAAGACAGGGUUCGACCCAAACAGAGGUUACUUCUCAACUACACAGGACGGCCUACUGUACCCUAACCCCCAGGCCCCACUCAUCACACCAGACUUUGCCAUGCACUACGAGUUCCUUGGCUCCAUGUUGGGCAAAGCUCUGUAUGAGGGACUACUAGUAGAGCUGCCCUUUGCUGGCUUCUUCCUGUGUAAGCUGGCGGACAGGGGGCGUGGCACUAUUGGAGCACACCACCUGGCAUCAUUCGACGCUUAUUUGUACAGACACCUUCUCUCAUUGAAGCACUACCCUGGAGAUCUGGAGGAGCUGGAUCUCAACUUCACGCUCCUCUCUGACCAACUGGGUCACACCAAGGUUAUAGAGCUGAAGCCAGGUGGUGCUGACAUCUCUGUAACCAGGGCCAACUGUAUAGAGUACAUUCAUCUGGUCAGCCACUACAAACUCAACGUGCAAUUGGAUCGUCAGUUCCAGGCCUUCCGUCGUGGGUUGAGUAGCGUGGUUCCCCUCCACUGGCUGAGACUCUUCAGUCAGAAUGAGCUACAGGUGUUGAUAUCCGGAGCCAGAGUGCCUAUCAGUGUCGAGGAUCUCAGACAACACACUAUUUACUCUGGAGGGUAUACAGAGGACCACCCUGUCAUCAAGCUGUUCUGGGAGGUCGUGACCUCUUUUUCAGAGACAGAGAAACGUCAGUUGCUCAAGUUUGUGACGAGUUGCAGUCGACCUCCAUUGCUAGGGUUCAAGCAGCUGUCCCCCCCGCUAAACAUCAGCCCUGCCAUAGGGGAGGAGCGGCUGCCAUCGGCUUCUACUUGCAUGAACUUUCUCAAGUUGCCCCAGUUUCAAGAUGUCAACACACUCAGAAAUAAACUGUUGUAUGCUAUUCAAUCUGGAGCUGGUUUUGAACUGAGCUAAUAGACACUGCUGUGUAGCUUGUGUAAUCAUCACGUCUGUACAUAUAAUAGUUAAUUUAAUACUGGUGUACUUGCAUGCUAGCUUGUGCAUUAUUAUUUUAUGACAUUAUUUUAAGCUA